AAAGCGCCGUAUUUCCAUAGCUGUGUUGUGCUGGUUACUUUGUGUAAGGAUAACAACGGUGACAUUAUUUCCGGACACCAGUCGUAUAAUACGGACUUUUGAAACAACGACAAUGUCCAGGGCGAACACAGGACGUGUCAUGAGCCGACAAGGCGCAAGUCAACCCAGUGACGUAAACAACAGCGGCCACAGCCAGGAGCAAACAUCUGCUGACGGCAACCCCACCAAACAGAACCCGCUGGACUUUGGGUGGUUUUCUUUGCCACCCAGCAACGAGGUCCCACAACCAGCAUCCAAUCGCUGUAUGGUAGAUGGCGCUGAGGACGGUGGGGUGGGGGGCACCAACACAGCGAGAAUGACACCACAGGUGCCUCCCUCUAGAGCCGGCUACCAGGCCGCUGGACAGACCGUCCCCCCAUCCCGAGCCGGCUACCAGGCCGCUGGACAGACCGUCCCCCCAUCCAGAGCUGGGUACCAAGCCUCUGGGCAAACUGUCCCUCCGUCCAGGGCCGGCUAUCAGGCCGCUGGUCAAGCAAGCGAUUUCCCCUCAGCCAGACCAAUGAGCCAGGCGCAGCACGCGCUGGGUGACCCCACGGGGUUUGCCGCUGGUGACCCGCACGAAUACGGUGCGCAAGGCUGCGAAGGCUACGCGCCGAAUCAAGGUGCGAAUCUGGGGCAAGGAGAAUGCGCAGACGAGAAUGUGAUCAUCGACUGGCCCUUGUCGAGGGCAGCGCAAGACACUGUGGUAUCAGCACAGGGGCAGAGAGCUACUGACCACCAACAACAACGAAGGCCAGCGUCGAGGGCUAUCCCCCCCACCCCAAUGCCACCUUUAUCGUGGGGUGGGUACAACAGCUCGGCCAGGCCAACAUUUGCCAGCUGGCGGGACCAGUGGCACCAGGCACAAGACAGCGGUCACCCCAGGGGCUCACAGAGCAGCUAGGACAUCCUGAGUCCAGACAACAGGUAGAGAGGGCGAAACCCUGAACUACAGUGAAAGUGAAUAAAGGCAAUAAUUACAACUUAAAAACAAGGCUCGACAUUGGAAAGGGAGAAGACUUGUUUUUUUUUAAAAUUAUACUAUACAAAUACAGGAAUUUUGAAAACACAAAAUUAAUGCUCUUUUUAUUUUACUUACUUAUUAUUUUACUUAAUGAUUUCACACCCUUCUUAUUCAAUUUUUUUUCUUCAACAAAUUUGUUGAGUUAUUUAAGCAUAACGCUAAUAAAUAUACAGGU